GAAAUAGCUUCUUACGGUGGUCAAUGGCUUCGCUGACGACCGCUCAGGUUCGAAAAUGAAAGUUUUUCCUGUGACAAUCCACCUAAUUCAACAUUCUUUUCUAUUUACAGCAAUAUUGUACAACGACUUAUAUAGUCUACUAAUUAGUUAAAACGAAGAACUAUUCGACGAUCAGCUUCUAUUUGCGAAGCCGAUACCUAUCAACUGCUACCGUCAAAGAUUUGAGAAUUGUACGAUCUCAAAUACUGCAAAUAAAAACAAUCAUAUUUUUUGGAUACGGAUUUAUUGUUAUUUUGAGUUAAUGAAGACCAUAAUGGCACCUCACACACCAGUAGUUGUUUCGCCAAACGGGCAUGGAAUCAUGAAAUCAGACCGUCGGGCCUCUAAACCUAUGAUGGAAAAGCGCAGACGCGAACGAAUCAACAAAAGUUUGAACGAAUUGAAAAGCAUUCUUCUGGACGCGCUUCGUAAAGAUAGCACCUGCCACUCGAAGUUGGAAAAAGCAGAUAUCUUGGAAAUGACUGUUCGAUACUUACGAAGCAUACAGCGACAAAGGAUAACUGCAGCAAUGGCACUUGAUCCAUCAGUUCUUAACAAAUACCGAACAGGAUAUAUUGAAUGCAAGUCUGAAGUUUCCAAAUUUCUCGAGAAUUCGUCUGAAAAUCUUCGCCCUGAUGUUAAAUCGAGGCUCAUGUCGCACUUGGGGAACACUGCUGGACAUCCAAACCUGAUGGCCGGAAAUCCACACGCCCAAUUGAUGACAACCGGAGCUCCAAUGACAGCCGGAACCGCACUCCAGCCAAUGCCGAUCCAGCUUGCACCCAAUACCCAGAUGCAAGCAAUGGCUGCAGCGGCAGCAGCUGCAGCAAUGGCUGGAAAUGUAAGAAAUCAUGGAUAUUUUCCCGGAAGUCAUCAUCAUUCAUCCCGCACACAAGCUGAAAAUCGUCAUCGUCCAUACCCUGUUAUGUCGCCAACAAGCCCAGGCCACCACUCGCGACAUAUGAGCGGAUCGCCAUCCACCGGAAAAUGUUCGCCAACAUACAGCUCAUCAUCACCGCCUCUUUCUCCGCCGUCUAAUGCCCAGAAGUUUCAACCCAUGUCUCCGCAAUUUUCUCCGGAAACUCAACAACGUUUUCAAGGAAGCUUCGUAUUCCUGCCAAACGCAGCCCAAUUUUCCCCGGAAAUGCAACAAGUACCAUGCUCACCAGGCUCAAGAAGUCUCUCCGAGUCUCCGUGCAGCAGUCAGGGUGGAGCGUCACCAAAAGUAUAUCGUUCCGAAUCACCAGAAUCCAUAUAUUCCAUGCCAUCCUACAUGAGCCCAAGAAAAGAACGUCAUUUGUCGUCAGAAGACCAACAACCAUUCAUUAAAAAAGAACCCCAUUCCCCGCCAUCUCCUACCGGUAGCGACAAUAGCGAAUCGGUAUGGCGUCCUUGGUAAAAUUACUACAUAUUAUAAUUCAAUGCUUUCAACGUUCCAAAUUUAGUUCUUUUUAGAGUUUGUGGUUUAUAUGAUAGUUCUUUUGUUUUUACUGCCAUUUUUACUUUCCUAAAUCAGGCCACUGACAGUACCAUUUGUAUAUUUCCCAAUGCAACGACUGAAGCUACAAUAUCGCUUAAUCAGAAAUUUUAAAUUCCACGUUGAUUUUCAAUAAAGGCGAUCACGGACGCUGCUGAAUACAUUUAGUAGUUUCGACGGGGUGUUUGUUAAUUCAUUUCAUCCAAUUUAUCUUUGCGAAAUAUUUUAUUGUGAGACCUAUUUACGUCAACGAAUGUGAUCAACAAGAUGCGGACCGAAAAAUCCGCUCAUUAUUUAGAUUAGUUUGAUUUUCAAAUAUAUUUUUUGUAGUCUUUAGCAGUGUUUCUUUUUUACAAAUCUAUCUUUCAGAUUUUUGACCAGAACACACGCGCCGUUGUGCCUUUACGUGUGAUUCUAUUUUGUUCGUUAUAUUCUAUUUUUUCUUGUUUUCCAAUUUAAAAUACUCGAUGCGAAUUAGUCCUGAAUAGCGUGAUGAUAUGAAUACAGUAUUUUCCUAAUAAAUCUACGUGAUCUAAGCUUGUUUCAAUAA